UCUCUUUUUCCCCAAUACUUUUUUUUUACACUAUUUAUAUAUAUAAAUUAUUAUAUCUAUAUAUAUCGAAUACAUCUAUCUAUCUAUCUAUCUAUCAACUGUAUUCCUUUACCAUAAAUCGUUCACAUUGAAUACUGUAGAAAGAUGUUCAUAGGAGGUCUUAAUUGGGAAACAACCGAUGAGAGCCUUAAAUCAUACUUUUCACAGUACGGUGAAGUAACGGAUUGUAUAGUUAUGAGAGAUCCGAAUACAGGGAGAUCUCGUGGUUUUGGUUUUCUCACAUUUGUAGAUCCUUCCAUUGUCAAUACCGUAUUGGUGAAAGAACAUCAAUUGGAUGGGAAAAUUAUUGAUCCCAAACGAGCCAUCCCACGUGAAGAACAAGAAAAAACCGAAAAAAUCUUUGUAGGAGGUAUUGCGCCGGAAGUAUCUGAAGAAGAAUUUAAAGAAUAUUUCCUUCAAUUUGGAAAUGUCAUUGAUGCGACCUUGAUGGUUGAUCGUGAUACUGGUAGACCUCGUGGUUUUGGGUUUAUCACUUUUGAUUCUUCUGAACCAGUUGAGAAGGCUAUGGGUAGAAACGACUUGGAAAUUCAAAAUAAACCGGUUGAAGUGAAGCGUGCAAUGCCUAAACACAAAUCACAAAGAAUUAAUAUUUAUCAAGGAAAUUACGGAUCAUCGUCUCCAGCAUCAGCCGCGGCUGCUAUGUCUGGUUUAUCCUCUUCAGCUAGCUCAGCUAGUAGCAGAUAUAGUUCCCCAUAUGGAAUGUCCGGUGUUGGGAAAGAUGGGAGUUCCGGGGGAUAUUCUGGUCUUGGCAGUUACAAUCCUAGUUCAUAUUCGGGCUAUGGUGGAUACGGCCAAUAUCCCAAUUAUAAUUAUCCAAGUUCUUAUCCUAGCGGGUAUGCUCAAUAUAAUGCUAUGAAUGCUUAUUAUUCUUCAAGGUAUGGUGGUUAUAAUAGUCAAUAUGGAGGUAGUAGUAGCAGUUACGGAGGUUCCGGAAGUCGUGGAGGAUCUUACAGCCAAUGGUACGGAAGAGGAGAAAGCGGCUAUGGUUCAGGUGGGCCAUCAUCUGGGAGUGGCUCAGCAAUGGGUGGACCAAGUUCUAGCAGUCGAUUAGGUGCAUAUCGACACUCUCCCGGUCGGGAUGAAAGUAAUUAUAGAGACCACCACCACCACCAUCCGACUUCUCCUAUGUAUGGUCGUGGCGGCAACAGUUCUCGAAGUGGACCUACUCGGUCCUCUUAUUCUAGUUCCAUGAAUAAUAGUGGUUCGGGUGGUGCAUUGUACAGUAGCCACCAAGUACGUGGACAACAUAACUACCAUCCUUAUCGGUAAAAUUACAGUUAUCUGCCUAAUAAGUCGUUCCAAAGUUAAAGAAUUGAGUGAAAAUCUAUUUGUAUUGAACAAUUUUUUUUUUAUGCCCUGAUUCUCAUGCUUUCUAAAGCAAUGGUGAAAUUUAUUCUUUUGGGCGAUCAGUCAAAAUAUUGUGGAUACUUUGGUACAACUUUGUUUAUCAUCCUUUAUAUUUUUUUUUUUUUUUU